GUUAAAUUAUUUAUCUGUUCUUGAUUUUAUUUUUAUAUUAUUUUUUAAACAUUUAAAUAAUUUUGCAAAAUCAACUACUUUAAGUUAAAUUAAUCAUUAUCUCUUUUUUUUUUUUUUUUUUUAAGAGUCUUAAUCCAGCAGCGAAAGUCCUCGUCUCCUUCUUCUCCGUUCUUUAAUUUCCCCUUCCAGUGUUAACACAAUCUCUUCCUUUCUCUUUCUUUUGAAAAAUGAGAUUCAAAUCCUCUCUCUCUCCAUUGUCUUUACUUUUCUUGGGUUUAGUUUAACCUCUAAGCUCUUCUGUCUCCUUGUUUUGCUUGCCAUUGCCACUCUCCUGCUCUUUGCAUUUCACCUACUCUCUGUUUCUCUUUACCCAAAAAGCCAAAAAAAAUGAAGCCUUUUCACAUCUAUUCUCUCAAACAAAUCAUUCUUCACUUCCUUCGUGUUUUCACCAUUUGAUUUGCUUCUCUCUACUUUGUUACCUUGUUUUUUGUUCAUAUUUAUUUCUAAAAACUCCAAAAAGCUAAAAAAAAAAAAAAAAUGAAAAAAAAAGAAAAAAAAAAGGAGAGAAAUCGAAGAUGGCCGGGGCCUUUUGCGUUCCUGUUGUUCAAAAUGCUCUUGGAACUGUUGCUGGGAACUGGAUCGAUCGGAGUUUGAAGCGAAUCUCAUAUCCAAUCAUUCUUGUCUUCAAGAUGAAGGCGAAUGUUGAGAAGCUGAGGAAGCAAGUUGAAAAGCUCGAGGAAGAAUUGGACCACGUGGAGCGCUGUACUCAAGAUGCUGAAAGAAGAGGGGAAGAGAUGGCACUGAAGCACAAGAAUUGGCGGGAUGCAGCCUGCAAGUUUAUUGAAGCGGCAAACACAAUAGAGAAUGGUGAAGAAAAAGCAAAGAAGAAGUGUUUCUUUGGGAUGUGUCUUAAUCCCUGGUCUCGUUACAAACUCAGCAAGAAGGCGGUAGAGGAUUCCCAGAAGAUUGCUGAGCAUGCGCAAAAAGUUCCUGGAUUCAACCUUCAACCUUUCUGCCCUCCUAUUCUACAACGGGUAGUGGCUGCACCUGUCAAAGGUUUCCAGGAGUUUGAGUCAAGAAUGGGUGUAUUGGAUGAGACCAUGAAGGCAUUACAGAGUCCAAACAUUAACAUAAUAGGACUGCAUGGGAUGCCAGGUGUAGGCAAGACGAUGCUGCUCAAAGAAGUUAAAAGAAAAGCCGAGGAAGAGAAGAAGUUUGAUGCAGUAGUUAUGGUUACUGUAGCAGAGAAGAAUCCAGACUGCAGAAAAAUUCAAGAUCACUUAGCAUAUGGCUUGGGUCUACAGCUUCCUUUCGGGAUUGGAGAUCGGAGUAUUGCCGAUACGCGUGUUGCCGAUCAGCUUAGAGCAAGAUUUUUAAAAAAGAAGGUUCUCGUGAUUUUGGAUGAUAUUUGGGACAAACUAGAUUUGGAGGCACUUGGUAUUCCCUUUGAAGACCAGCAGAAAAUGAAUGUUGAAACUGGCUCAUCAUCCACAGAAGAUCAACAAAUGAAAUGCAAGAUCUUAUUGUCUUCUAGAGAGCUUAAUGUCCUGAAAACUGAAAUGUGUACUCAAAAGGAGAUUGUAAUUAACCAAUUGGAAGAUCAAGAAGCGUGGCAAAUGUUCAAGAAGAUAGUUGGUGAUAGGGCUGAAAGUAACGACUUUCAGUCUACAGGCUUUGAGAUUGCCAGAAAAUGUACGGGGUUGCCCCUUGCUAUUGUACCACUUGCAGAAGCUUUGAAAAAUAAGAGUUUGCCUGAAUGGAGGAAUGCUUUACAAAGACUGAAUAAUCCCUCUCCAAGCAACUUCAACGGCAUACAUGCAAAAGUUUAUACUGCUAUCGAGGUGAGUUACAAUCACUUGGGAAGUAAGGAGCUCAAGCAAACUUUCUUACUUUCUAGUUUGAUGGAUCGCAAUGCUUCACUUCAAGACUUGUUGAAGUAUGGUGUAGGCUUAGGCUUAUUCUCACAAUCUAACACCAUAGGGGAAGCGCGGAAUGAAGUAAUAACAUUGGUAGGUGAUCUGAAAGCUUCUUCUUUGUUGAUUGAUGGUUCUGACAGAGGGCGUUUUGAUGUUCAUGAUGUUAUUCGUGAUGUAGCUGUAUCAAUAGCCUGCAGGGCUCACUAUGGAUUGUUCUUAACAGAUGAUGAUUUACUAAAGAAGUGUUCAGAUGAGAAUGGAUUGAAAGAUUUCAAAUGGAUAUUUCUAGAAUAUACUAAUAUGAAUGAGCUUCCAAAGGAGUUAGAAAGUCCUCAGCUUACUCUCUUUCAAUUGUCUAACAACUGUCCUCCUCUGGAAAUUCCAGCAAACUUCUUCAAGGGAAUGCAAAGACUCAGGGUAUUGGACUUGACUUGUAUGCAAAUGUCAUCCCUACCUUCAUCAAUUUGCCUCCUAACGAACCUCCACACAUUAUGCUUGGAUCAAGGCGUAUUAGGAGACAUAAGCAUUAUUGGAGAGCUGAAGAAUUUAGAAGUUCUAAGCCUUUUGAGGUCUGAUAUUAAAAUGCUACCAAGGGAAAUUGGACAAUUGACUCGGUUAAAGUUGUUAGAUUUGAGUGGCUGCAGUAAACUUAAAGUUAUCCUGCCGCGUGUCUUGGCGAGUCUGUCCAAAUUAGAAGAACUGUACCUGGGAAACAGCUUCAACAGAUGGGAGCAUGAUGAGCAUGAAAGUCAACGAAAUGCUAGCCUUGCUGAGUUGAAGCAUUUGAAGAAAUUGACUGCUUUGGAGAUACGUAUUCGUGAUGUUGAGAUGAUCCCAAAAGACUUGUCUUUUGAAAAGCUUGAAAGAUACGAGAUAUUCAUUGGAGAUGCUUGGAACAAAUGGGAUAGUUCUGCUGAAAUCUCAAGAAUAUUGAAGCUGCGGCUGAGGGCAUCGGUAAGUUUUGAUUCUUCGCUUAAACAGUUGUUGAAGAUGUCUGAAGAGCUACAUCUAGAGGAGUUGAAGGGUGUCAAAAACAUAAUAUAUGAGUUAGAUAGUGAAGGUUUUCAAGAAUUGAAGCAUCUUUAUAUUCAUAAUGCUCCAGAUAUUCAACAUAUCAUGAAGUCAGCGGCACUUCACAAUGCAUUUCCAAUCUUGGAAUUUGAGUUUCCAUACUUGGAGAAGUUGAAACUAUCAUCGAUGAAAAUUACAACCAUAUGGCAUACUUCAGCUACAUCUUACUGUACUCAAAACCUUACAGAACUUAUUGUUGAGGGUUAUGAUAAUUUAGAACACUUAUUCUUAUCCUCUAUGGCUAGAGGUCUGGUGAAGCUUAGACACCUCAAGAUAAAUCAAUGCAAGAAUAUGAGAGAGAUUAUUGUGACAGAGAAUGUGGAAGAAAUGGAGAUUUCUUUCCCCAAGUUGGACUUCUUGCACAUAGAAAACCUUCAAAACCUUGUUGGAAUCUACUCAGGAAAUUGCAUCAUGGCAUUCCCAUCCUUGAAGCAAUUGACCAUAUUAAACUGUCCAAAAUUGAAGGAGUUCAUGGUUAACUCUAUGAGUACAGAUAUAGCCACUGACAUAAAGCCUCUCUUCAAUGAACAGAUGAUGGAAGGGGUAAUAGUGGCAGAAGGAUUAGCAGAAGAAGAAAGGAGGAGCAAGAUGUUGUUCCCUAAUUUGCAAGCCCUGGUACUUGAAUGCCUUUCCAAACUCACAAGAUUCUGUCCUGAAAAUUGCAUUGAAUUCCCCAACCUUACACGACUUCAAAUAGGCAAAUGCCGUGUGUUGAAGACAUUCACCUCUAGUCCUGUUAUAGGAGACAUUGCUGUCAGUAAUGAGAAGGCAGAAAACACCUAUGCGCCACCUUUCUUCAAUGAAAAGGUAGCAUUCCCUCAAAUAGAGGACCUAGCGAUCUAUUGUAUGGAGAGUUUGAACAAAAUAUGGGCUGAUCAACUUGAUGGAGAUUCCUUUUGCAAACUAAAAGCCAUUGGUAUAGGUUGGUGUGAAAUGCUAGUGAGCAUUUUCCCAUUUAGUAUGCUGGAAAGACUUCAGAGACUAGACCAUCUGCGUAUUCGCGGGUGUGAUUCACUAGAAGAAAUAGUUGAAGCACCCAGUGCUAGCCAUUCACAAGCUCUGGUAGACACUCAGCCGACGUUGGUGGAAACUGACACCGAGUUCGUAUUUUCGAAAUUGACAAAACUGGAGCUUGACAGGCUACAGAAGCUCAAGGGUUUCUGCCAUCGAAUGCAUAUUAAAUGCCCAUCUCUGAAAUUAUUGGAAGUUUCUGUAUGCGAGCAAGUGCAGAUAUUUGCUUCGGAAUUUCCAAACUUCCAAAGAAUCAAUGGAGAUGAUCAACUUGAAAUUCAAAUUCAAUGUCCACUUUUCUCGGUCAGCAAGGCUACAUUCUCCAAUCUAGAGGAACUAAAGUUGAAGUGCAAUGCUAUUAGUAAGGAGGUGUGGCGUGGACAACAUUCAAGGGAGUUUUUACCCAAACUGAAAUCUAUAGAACUCAUCAACUAUUGCGAGCGAUCUGCAUUUCACCAAUCUUUCUUCCUUUCAUUACCUAGCCUUGAAAAGCUUGUUGUGAGUGAAACUUCCUUUCAUUGCUGGGAUGAAUUGUUCCAAUCCGAAGAGCUAGGUGGAGAGGAUAACCCUGCACUUGCACUUGCUCGAUUAAGUGAAUUGAGGUUAUCUAAACUUAACGAGCUAACAUAUCUCUGGGAGGAAGAAUCACAGCAUGAAUCAGUUUUCUAUAACCUCAGAGUUCUUGAAGUGCAGGAAUGUGGCAAACUAAAAAAUUUAAUGCCAUCCUUCAUAUAUUUCUGGAAUCUACAUACUCUGGAAUUAUCAAGAUGUCAUGGACUCAAAAAUUUGAUGAGAUACUCAACCGCUAAAGGUUUGGUACAACUCACAAAAAUGAGUGUAAACGAUUGUGCUAUGAUGGAAGAAAUUGUCGCAUGCAUGGAUGAUGAAGUUGGAUACUAUGGGUUGGAAAAUUUGAAGAUCUCUGAGUUUGAGCUUGUUGAUCAGGCAAUUAUUGAAAUUUGGAACAAGAAUCCUGGAGAAAUCCUACCUUUUAGAAAUCUUAAAUCUUUAGAACUUGAGGGUUUCAACCUGGAGUAUUUAAAGCUGUCUGGAAAUAUUAACAUUCAGCAAAUUUGGCACAAUCGGCUUCCAGAAAUGUCUUCUCUUGUUCGAAAUCUAAUACGUUGUAGUGUGGAGGGCUGUGGUAGUUUAAAAUAUCUAUUGACAUCCUCUAUGGUUAAAAGUUUAGUGAAUCUUCAAGGCCUCGUUGUUAAGAAUUGUAAGAUGAUGGAAGGGGUAAUAGUCCCAGAAGAAGGAUUUGCAGAAGAAGUCACGACCCAGAAGAUAUUUUUUCCUAAUCUGCUACUCCUGGUACUUGAAGACCAUCCCAAACUCAAAAGAUUCUGUUCAGGAAAUUACAUUGCAUUCCCCCGCAUAAAUAGAAUUAUAAUAGGUCAAUGUCCUCUGUUGAAGGCGUUCACCUCUAGCCCUGUUAUUGGAGACAUAGUAGUCAGUACAGAGAAAGCUGAAAACACCUCCACACCACUUCUAUUUGAUGCCAAGGUGGCCGUCCCUGUGCUAGAGAAACUAGUAAUCAAGCACAUGGAGAGCUUGGACAAGAUAUGGCACAACCAACUUGAUGCAGAAUCAUUUUGCAAAUUAAAAGACCUCCACGUAAUUUGCUGUAAAACACUAGAGAGCAUUUUCCCAUUUAGGAUGCUGGAAAGACUUCAGAGACUAGAAAAACUGUUUAUUAGUAGAUGUGAUUCACUAGAAGUGAUAUUUGAACCUCAAGGACAUAUUGCUAGCUAUUCACAAGCUCUGGUAGCCAGUCAGCCAACUUUGGUAGAAACUGAAACCAAGUUGGUACUUCCAAAAUUGACAGAACUGACGCUUCAAAGCCUACCCAAGCUCAAGGGUUUCUGCCAUCCAAUACACUUUAAAUGCCCAUCUCUGAAGAAAUUGGCGGUGGUUGAAGUCCGGCAGCUAGAGAUAUUUGCUUUAGAAUUUCCUAGCUUCCAAAGUACCACUAGUGAUCAUCAACUUGACACUCGGCAACAUCCUCUUUUUUGGAUCAACAAGGUACGAACUCAAAAUAUUUUACAAUAAUAAGGGGAAAUCCCUUGUGCAUGCGUGAGAUGCACUAUAUUUCUAGUAAAGCUUUUGGUCUGAA